GGCGGGGCUGGAGGGAUGGGGCCGCGGCGGGGGCCGCCGGGCGGUGGUGGGGGGGGGGUCGGGGGGGGGGCGCUGCUGGGGGUGGCGCUGCUCGGGGGGGUCCUGCUGGGGGCUGCGGGCACCGGGCCCCAAGCGGAGCAAAGCCGGGAACCGCCCGGGGCCGAGCCCUGCGGGGCCUGCAGGGGCCUCGCCGAGAGCUUCAGCAGGGGGCUGGAGCGGACGGAGCACGAGGGCUUCGGGGGGGGCAACACGGCCUGGGAGGAGGAGAAGCUGGCCAAGUACAAGCACAGUGAGACCCGGCUGCUGGAGGUGCUGGAGAGCGUGUGCCCCCCCUCGGACUUCGCCUGCCACCAGCUGCUGGAGCGCAGCGAGGAGCACGUGGAGCGCUGGUGGUUCCACGAGCGCCACCAGCACCCCGACUUCUUCCAGUGGCUGUGCAUGGACCGCCUGGCGCUGUGCUGCCCCCCCGGCACCUACGGCCCCGAAUGCCUGCCCUGCGCCGGAGGCCGGCAGCAGCCCUGCAGCGGCAACGGGCGCUGCGACGGGGAGGGGACGCGGGGGGGCACCGGCCUCUGCGUCUGCAGCCCCGGCUACGGGGGACCCUACUGCGCCGAGUGCGGGGACGGCUACUACGAGGCUUCACGCAACCAGAGCCAGCUGCUGUGUGCCGAGUGCUACCGAGCCUGCGGGCGCUGCACGGGGCCGGAGGAUUCGAGCUGCCUGCGCUGCAAGAGGGGCUGGGUGCUGCACGAGCACCGCUGCAUCGACAUCGAUGAGUGCGGCACGGAGAUGGCGCACUGCAGGGCCAACCAGUUCUGCGUCAACACCGAGGGCUCCUACGAGUGCCGAGACUGCUCCACCGCCUGCAUCGGCUGCAUGGGCGCGGGGCCGGCGCGCUGCAAGAAGUGCAACAAGGGGUACCGGCGGGACGGAGCCAAGUGCCUGGACGUGGACGAGUGCGCCGGCAGCGAGGAGCCCGUCUGCAGCGGGGUGCAGGAGGUGUGCGAGAACACCGAGGGCGGCUACCGCUGCGUCUGCGCCCAGGGCCACGUGCGCCGCGACGGGCAGUGCGUGGAGGAGAAACCCCCCGAUGCCCCGGAGAAGGGCUUCUUCGACGACGUGACGGAGGACGAGGUGGUGGUGCUGCAGCAGAUGUUUUUCGGGGUGAUGAUCUGCGCCCUGGCCACGCUGGCCGCCAAGGGUGACAUGGUGUUCACCGCCAUCUUCAUCGGCGCCGUGGCUGCCAUGGCCGGCUACUGGCUGUCCGACCGCAGCGACCGCGUCCUCGACGGCUUCAUGAAGGGCAGAUAGCUCCGGGGACCCUGCACGCGGUGGUGGCCUCGGGGCUGCGCCCUGCCCUGCAUGUGCCCCCCCCCGCCCCCCCCCAGCACCCUCACCGGUAGAGUAGGGUCCGUCCCCACCCCGUUCCUUGCAGUACUGGGGUCCGGUCCCGUGGGGGUCAUGCUGCUCGGGGCCUGCCGGGGGGGCACAGCAUGCUGCCCCCCACCCCUCGUGUGCUUGGAGGGGGGCCCGGUGCUGUGCCAUGGGUGCGGGGCCCCCCCGCAGCACUGGGGGCUCGCCCAGGCUGUUGGGGAGCCCCCAGAUGCUGGCACUGUGCCCCCACCCCGUGGCCCUGCUGAGCUGGGGGGGAGGGACAGGAGAUGGGGGGGGCAGGACUGGGGGGGCUGCAGGGCUGGGUCCGCACAGAGCCCCCGCGUCCCCCUUCCCAUGUCCCCAGGGCUGAGCCUGUCCCCCCCCCCCCCCCCCCAGCUCCUGUGUCCCCAGGCAGGGUGAGGGCAGCCGGGGGUCCCUGGGGAGGGGGGAGCCCCCAGCACCGUGCCAGGGGUGGGGGGGGGCCCUGCUGGAUGCAUGAACGUGGCCGUUGCAUUUGUCCGUGGUUUGUCCGUCAGGGUGUGCCCAUCUGUCCGUGUGUCCAUUUCUCAGGAAUAAAGCUCUGCACACCCGG